ACGACAACUCCCACAUUCCACACAAUGCCUCGCCAGUCAAGAGGAUCAACCGCUCGGGCUCCCGCCCGCCCUACCGUCCCCGCCCGCGCGCCCGCUCCUCCCACCCAGCAGCAGCAGACCCGGCCGGCAACGACAUACGCCCCUCCAGCUGCCGCUGCUCCCUCGGCGGUCGCCCCUCAGGCCCCGACUGCCUCCCAGGGCCCGGGCCUUCUAGGCCAGAUGGCCAGCACAGCGGCCGGCGUCGCGAUCGGCUCCUCCAUCGGCCACGUGGUCGGCAACGGCAUCAGCAGCAUCUUUGGUGGCGGCAGCAGCAGCGAGCCGGCGCAGUCGACCCAGGCGCAGGCCGCGCCCCAGACCUCCAAUAACAGCACCUGGGGCAACAACUGCGCGGGCGCGACGGAGCAGUUCACCAAGUGCAUGGACGAGCAUGGCGGCAACAUGUCCAUCUGCGGUUGGUAUCUGGAGCAGCUGAAAGCCUGCCAGGCUGCGGCUAGCCACUACUGAGCCCUGACAUUGACACUGUCGGAGUUUGAAUGGAUGGCUCGGGGAAAGGGUGACGGACUGGAGGUGUAUCUACGCAGGGAAGGACAAUAGACAGACACGUCAAGCAUUAGCCGGGGGUUGAGGGUGGUAUUUUGGCCCUGAAAUAAGUGUAUUGUACAAAUACAACUGAGCGAGACAAGCAUUCCACUCAGCUGGACUCUUGCUGGCCCUUCGCGGGAGGGGGUGAACAGCCCCGCACAUCGGUAAUCAAGAUUACAUCUACUCUUCAUCACCAUCAUCGGGAUUAGACUG